UCCUUCCCGGGUUUUGGGAAUUUCAUAGGUUUCAACCGUACCAAAUAGCUCGCGCCUCUUCUUCUUCUUCUCCUUUAGCUAAAUUCAUCGAAAAAAAUGCGAACCAGAAAUCAGGCAAAGCGACAGAAUCAAUCAACUGCAAAUGAAGACUCUUUGAAACACUAUGGUGAGAUGGAGAGCCUAAGCGGUUGCAAAGACGAAGCCAGUGGCAAUGAAACUCUUGCAAACAUAUCUCGAGGUGCAGUGGGGAAACUUUUGAAACGAGUCAACAAGUCACGUGGCUCUCGGGGUCUGAAAACAGAUGAUAGUUACCUAUGCAAACAGGAUACCAUGGGCGAGCCAGAGAAUGGAUCAAGUGAGGCAGAAAAGCAGCUUACUGGUACUACAGUUGUAAGGACUACAUUAGAUGCUAAAUGCUGCACUACAGAUGUGUUACAAAAUGUGCCAUCGGAACUGGAAAAUGGAAGUACAGAUGUUCAGUGUCAGAGUAUUGAGAGGGAAGAUGAACUUGAUGGUAUUGAUUGGGAAGAUGGGCCAGUCGAUACUUUGAAGUCCGAAAGCAAUGUUAAGGAAGAUACAAUCAAUGGUGUGACUGUUGAGUUUGAUGCUCCGCCUGAUCCUAGUAAACAGAAGACAGUACGGCGAGCAACUGCUGAAGAAAAGGAAUUGGCUGAGCUUGUGCAUAAGGUUAACUUGCUUUGUUUACUAGCAAGGGGCAGGUUGGUAGAUAGAGCUUGCAAUGAUCCUCUUAUCCAGGCUUCUUUACUUUCACUGCUGCCUGCACAUCUGCUGAAGUUGACCGAUGCUCCAAAACUUACUGCAAAUGCACUAGCUCCUCUUGUCAAUUGGUGCCACAGUCAUUUCCGUGUUAGAGGUGCAAAUGAUACGGAGAAGCCAUUUCAUUCAGCUUUGGCAUCAACUCUCGAGUCCCAGGAAGGGACCCCAGAAGAGGUUGCUGCAUUAUCUGUUGCCCUGUUUAGGGCCUUGAAUCUUACUACCAGGUUUGUAUCAAUCUUGGAUGUGGCUUCUUUGAAGCCUGAAAUUGAGAAAUCAUAUCCCUCUGGUAAAGGCCCUAGUAGGGCUGGUAGCGGGAUAUUUAGCUCUUCAACAUUGAUGGUGGCUGGACCAAAGUGUUCUCCUCUCUCUCCUGCUAAAUCUAUGGCUUAUGGCAAGCAUAAUGUUUCCGAUAAGACUUCAACAUCUGCUGGCCAAGCUACCAGUGACAAGUCUAGAGAAACUAUUACAGAUAAGUCUAAUAAAAGAAUGUCAGCAUCAACAUCAGAUGCUCAGGAUGAUUCUAAUGAUGCAUGUAUUAUAAAAAAAGAGCGGCCAAAGAGAAAAGGGGACCUUGAAUUUGAGAUGCAGUUGGAAAUGGCUCUUUCUACGACUGCAGUUGAAAUUGCUAGGAACACUAUGAUCUCAGAUGUGAAGGAUGUAGGAAGUACUUCAUCAAAUGUAUCACCGUUCAAAAAGAAGAAAAUUAAAGCAGAAGAGUGUUCAACUUCCUCUCAUGGAAUAUCAACUGCUGUUGGAUCUAGGAAAGUAGGGGCACCUCUAUACUGGGCAGAGGUCUACUGCAGUGGUGAGAACCUGACUGGGAAGUGGGUGCAUGUUGAUGUCGUAAAUGCAAUCACUGAUGGAGAGCAAAAUGUGGAAGCUGCAGCAGCUGCAUGCAAGUUGCCUUUAAGAUACGUUGUUGCUUUUGCUGGAAAUGGAGCUAAAGAUGUGACACGCAGGUACUGUACAAAGUGGUACAAGAUAGCAUCUGAACGAGUCAACUCAAUUUGGUGGGAUGCAGUAUUGGCACCAUUAAAGAAGUUGGAGUCAGUUGCCACCAGUGAUGUAGUUCAUUUUGCACAAGGAGGUAAUGAUUGCCUGCUGGAUAUGCGUGAACAUAGUGAUAGAGAACUCUUGAAAAAUUCUUUAUACGGAAUUUUUACAGCAACCAGGAGCUCUCUCGAAGAUAUGGAGUUGGAAACUAGGGAACUGACUGAACCUCUUCCAACAAAUCAACAGGCUUACAGAAGCCAUCACCUAUACAUAAUUGAAAGAUGGCUUAACAGAAAUCAGAUACUCUACCCCAAAGGACCUGUAUUAGGUUUUUGUUCUGGUCAUCCAGUAUACCCACGAUCCUGUGUACGAACACUCCAAAGAAAGGAAAGAUGGCUUCGCGAGGGGCUCCAAGUGAAAGCUAAUGAGAUACCCGCAAAGGUUCUGAAGCGUUCCGGAAAGCAAAACAAAGGACGGGAUGUUGAAGAUGAUGAUUAUGGCGAGGGAGAUAGUGAAGGAACUGUCGCUCUCUAUGGACAGUGGCAAACUGAACCACUGUUUCUUCCUCCUGCAGUAAAUGGCAUUGUACCUAAGAAUGAGCGUGGUCAAGUGGAUGUCUGGUCUGAGAAGUGCCUUCCACCUGGUACAGUCCAUUUGAGAUUGCCAAGGUUGGUUCCUAUUGCUAAAAGGCUGCAAAUAGAUUUUUCACCUGCUAUGGUUGGAUUUGAAUUCCGGAAUGGUCGAUCUCUACCUGUUUAUGAGGGGAUUGUGGUAUGUACCGAGUUCAAGGAUGCAAUUCUUGAGGCAUAUGCAGAAGAAGAGGUGAGAAGAGAGGCCAAAGAGCGGAGGAGGACUGAAGCAGAAGCUCUUUCUAGGUGGUAUCAGCUUCUUUCAUCGCUUAUUACUCGACAGAGGUUGCAUAAUCGUUACGUAGACGGGGCAUCCUCACAAUCAGCAGUCAAUAUUGCAACGUCCAACGAUAAAUCCUCCUUUCUAGCUGGUGGCAGUGAGAACACGAGGAGCGCUCAUCAAGAAAAAUCUGAGAUUGCCAAAUCUAAUAGUCCAUCAUUUGUACUUGCAGAAAACCAUGAGCAUGUUUUCCUAGUAGAAGAUCAGACUGUUGAUGAAGAAAGUUCAACAAGGACGAAACGAUGUCUUUGUGGUUUUUCAGUUCAAUAUGAGGAGUUGUAGAGCUUUUAAUCUCUCAAUUUUAGUAUGAGAAGUUAGAGAACUUUUUAUUCUCUUAUUUUAUCUCAUGCAAAGUUGGGUUGUAAGUUGAAGUUGAUAGAAAUACUAAUGUAUGAUUGUAUGUAACAUCAGAUCAUGACAACAAUCUGUCUUUUGUAUAAUAUCGGUUUGGGAUGAGCUUAA